AUGCCGGCCCAUUCGACAAAGAUUGGGGCAACAGAAAAUGCUCGUAAAGGGAGCUGGGUCCAACGAAGGCGACGGCCGAUUCCUCUUGAUCAGCUGUCGAUUGGCUCGACUGGAAUAUUCAUGGCGACGCUGUUUCCGAGGCAAUCUCCUUCGAUUUCGGUGAAAAGAAUGAGUUCCAGCUCUGAUGAUGUCCAUCGAAACCGGAAACGAGCGACGAGGUCUCGUGGAAUGCGUCGACCGGAAGGUCGUAUUCAAACCAAACAGCUGCAGUACAACGUGAUUCCGCCGUCGUCUUCUGAUGAGCUCGACUUUCGAAUCUCGUCAACACGCUGA